UUUUCAGGAGUUCAAAUAUGCAUUCCUGCUCAAACCCGUACCUGGCGAGCCCGGACUUUCUGAAAACCGCGUUCCAUGUCAUAACCGCCAUAGCUACUCCAAUUCAUGCGUUCGGAUUUUAUUGCAUAAUACGAAAAACCCCGCAACACAUGAAUCCUGUCAAAUGGCUUUUGUUUAAUUUGCACUGUUGGUGUAUUUUAUUGGAUGUUACCAUUAGCUUUUUGGGUAUUCCGUAUAUACUUUUUCCGGCAAUGGCUGGGUAUGGUCUUGGGCCCAUCGAGUCCCCAGGACUGUUUUUCUAUCUGGGAGUCACUUUUGUUACAGGCGUUACCACAUCGAUUUUUGUAACUUUCGAAAAUCGAUAUUUCAUUUUGUUUGGUGAAUCAUCAGCAUGGAGAUAUUUUCGAAAACCUGCAGUUGUUUUGAGUUAUAUUAUUGUACCGUUAUACUACAUGCCAUUACAGUUUUUCAUCCCUGAACAGGAAUCCGGAAGGGAAAUUUCGUGGGCGCUGCUCGACUGUAUCCCCGAGCUCCCAAGAGAUGGCCGUGAGCUUUUCGUUCUGGCCACUAAUCUAAAAGGCCCGGGCCUGACAAUCUUCAUAUCCGAGAUUCUUCCGAUAGUUCAAUGUGGUACAUUUGUCAGUCUUAAUUUAUAUAAUUUAACUAUAGCGAGACCAAGUGGAAUGUCGAAAAAGACUAUUCAAAUGCAACAUUUAUUGAUUUUUGCGUUGAUUCUUCAGGCCUCAGUGAACACAUUCCUAUUCAUAGUACCCGUCAACGCAGUAAUAUACAUAGUAUAUAUCCAUCACCAAAAUCAAUUGCUCAACAAUUUAAUUGUAUUCUGCCUGGCUUUUCAUGGUAUUGUAUCUACUCUUAUCAUGAUAUUUGCUCAUAAGCCAUAUCGGGACUUCACCCUUCUCCCAGUGAAGUACUUCAGGCCGCCUCAGCCGUCAGUGUCUCCAGGAGUUUUUUCCACAAGUAACUUGGCGGUUUGAUAUUGAAAUUUUACAAUUUUUGAUAAUAAAUCUGUUUGAAGGUA